AUGUCGAAUCCCAACCGCCCAAACCUCCCGGACAGAAUAAUAUGGCUUGAACGGGCCGUCCUCGUUGGGGAUUGCGUUUCGCAGAUGCUCUACGGCAUCCUCUUUCUCGUGUUCGCGCAGAUCAUAUACACGCUUGCGAUUCGUCCGCGACAAAGCGGGCCGCGCAAGUGGCCUCUCAUCGCGUACACGAUCUUGCUCUUCGUCUUGUGCUCCGUGUACAAUUGCAUGAAUCUCAAUUCAUUGCGGUUGAUGUUUGUUGACAAUCGGAUGAAGCCUGGUGGUCCCACCGCAUAUGCCCUGUCCGAGUACGGGAAGCCCAUCACGGUCAUCCCCAAUGCGUGCGCUAUCGUAGGCGACUGGCUAGCUGCCGGCUUCUUGCUCUACCGAUGCAUGGUUAUCUUCCACAUGAAGUUCUACAUCGUUGCAGUGCCCAUCCUUAUGUACCUUGGGUCUGUCGCCACGGGAUGUUUGGUACUCUACCGAUCGUCUCGACCUGGGGCUCAUCUAUGGACGAAGACCACCGUCGAUUUCGGUGUCCCGUACUUCUCCCUCUCAGUCGCUCUUAACGUCCUCAUCACUAUGAUGAUCUCCAUCCGUCUCCUCAUGUUCCGUCACUCUUUACGCAAAGCGCUGGGCCCUCAGGCUAUGUCCGUCCCGUACGCUUCGAUCGCCGCCAUGUUGAUCGAAAGCUCGGCGCUGUAUGCCGGUAUCUCCCUCAUUUUCAUCGGUGGCUAUGGCGCAAAGAGCGUCGUGUCGAACAUGUUCCUGCCCAACAUGGUCAUGGCUCAGUUCUUGGCGCCUAUGCUGAUCAUCCUCCGCGUGGCCCAGCGACGCGCUUGGGAUUCCAAAACGGCUACUACUGCCCCGAUGACGGCGCUGAACUUCAACAAAGCCAGCCCGGGCGCUCACCGCCACGCCCAUACGCACACAGACUACACGGAGGACCAGAACGAGAAGUUCGACAGCCUGCCCAACGUCCAGCUGAAGUUCAAACAGUCGGACGGAAGCUACGGCGACUCGACGACGCAAUUUACGAACUCAACGCGAACACAGGCUUAA